GUAACAAUUGACAACUGUUUGUAGGUUUGUAGGGCGUUCAAAAUGCAGAAAGCUUCCAACAGUUUAGCAGAAUGGAUCAAAGUAGGCCACAUCAACGAUCUAUGCUUCAUCUGGAAAGAUGUAAUUUGCUACCAUUCCGGCUGCUACAUCCACUUCAUCAAUCUGUCCAAUGGGGAAGAACUGAUACACUCGGCGACAAACCAUAACAAAAACGGUGACGGAAUCGCUGCCGUAACGGGCCACCGGACCAUGUACACUUUCGCGUAUGCGGAUAAUUGCAAUUCCCCGAAAGUUUUUAUUAAGGCUUACCCGGGAUGCGAGGUGGUUUGUCAGUUUACAGAUGGUGUUGCAGAAGGAUACAGCUCGAUGACAUUUUCUGAAACAUCUCUACUGAUAGCACUUGGCAAUCUACCGAACUUUUCGAUCACUAUUUGGAAUUGGCGUAGUCAAGAAAAGUUUGCUGAUCUACCCAAUAGCGGGAUAUUUGUUGAUAGACAAAUAUUAAGAUGCAGCUGGGGAAAACCGCCAAAUAUGUUGCAACUAGGUAGAGGUGGAUGGAAACUGUGCGUUUGGGAUCUCUACACCUGUUGCAAGAAGACAGUUCUAGCUAAGCAUGUCGUUAAGAUCCCCGAUCUUAAGAAAACUGCUAAGUUUAGCGACAUCCUUUGGACCACAGAGGGAGCUGCGCUUGUUGUUGAUAUGCGUGCCAACAUUUACAAUGUUGAUCGCGAUUUCGCUAUUGAAAGAAUAAUAGAUGCCGAGAUCGAGGGUGAUUAUGAUCCAUCAUUGAACUGGUAUAAAGGAGGGAUGACAGUUUCUGGACCAAAUAAGGAGAUCAGACAUUACAAAAAGUCAGACACAUGGGUCUGCGACUGGACGAUCCCUUUACCCUGGGGAUUGAAGCAAGUCAUAUGCAACAAAUUCGAUUUUCUAGUGGCUUGCACAGAGAACGAUGACCUAGUCAAAAUAAGCAACGAUGGAAUUUCGUUUCUGAAAGACGAUGAAAGCAAUAUCAAUGAAAUCUGCCUCAUCUAUCCUGUUGGGAAAUAUGUUGUCGCUCUACGACAUGAAAAAAUAUUGUGUAUAUAUCAAGUGACCAGUGGAGAACUGGUAGGCAAGAUUGAACUUAGCAGGCGAUCUAUCUGCAUGGUGGAAAAUCCCCAAUUUCCUUAUGUAGCAAUUGGAUCUGAGGAUGGAUACAUAGACCUUAUAUCGCUUUAUAAUGAACAGAAGCCGAAGAAAAUGGCCACUUUUCAUUUGUGUUCCAAACCUAUACAAAAGAUGUACUUCUUCGAGCAAGGAAUGAUUUUAGUUGGCGCCAAUCUGGACGAAGGACAUUUUUUUAUCAUUGAGGGGUUUCCUGGUACUCAAAUGAAAGUUGUAGCAAACGUUACCGCAGAAAGACAGAUUGUCGACUUCAUGCUAGUAGCAUCAAGAGCUUGCCAUAGAUUGUUCGCCAUUCCUGUCACAGCUAACAUAUUGGCUGGUAACAAAAUUCUCAGGUUCUGCGUCCUUGCCAAGGAAGAGAUCAAUGUCAAAGAGUACGAAAUAGAAGGGGAUGCGUUGUAUCAUCGAUUGAUACCAAUGUCAGAUAGCAACAGGGAUAGAAUCUUCUACGCUUUGCCUUGUAAAGGCAGGACCAUUCAUAUCUUAGAAACGAAAAGAGGGGAUCCAAUGGCCAAAUUAGCAGGCGACAUCAAGACAGGUCACCAGCUGCGUAAAUUCCAACUAUCAAUAAACCAACACCAUGCUGUCACUUGGAGCUUUGAUGGUUUUGUAAUAGUUCGCACCGCAGAUUUUGAAGAUUGUAUUGGAUGGUGUAUACCUCACCAUCGAUAUGAGGGUGGAAUUUUGAAGGCAUAUGUGGACCCGCUAGAGACAUACGUUAUCACACUUGGUAGGAGUAAUGUGAUGGCGUGUACAAAAUUGACAGAUGAACCUCCCGAUGAAGAUCGAAGAGCUGAAUUGGAAGAACUAAUGAAAUCGCAAAGAUAUCAGCUAAUGUUCAAAAGAAUGACUUUAGGAUUCUUGCCCGAUGGUCGUUUCGAGGGUAAAUCCUGGAUUGAAGUCGAAGAAAUACUGAGAAUCGAAAAAGAAAAACAACUAUGUAGAGUUGAAAGAAAACGCAUCAUGGACGAAUUCCUCAGCAUAAAAAGAACUCUUAACGACCUCGUAACUCAAAACCUAGAAGGGCCUGAGAACGAACGAAUCGACCUGCACGAAUUCUAUCUAGACACCAGUACGUACGUCCAAAAACGAAAUAAAAAUAUAGAAGAUUGCAGAUAUAUGGAUCGUUACCUGAAAGCAUUAAUUGUUGCACAAGAUAAGGUUUCUGAUCAUAUCAUAAAGACCUAUUGGGAACCAAUGGACGUCAAAGGAAGGCUUCUCAAGGGCAUUUUUGUGAACACUAUGUGCAAUCUCUAUGUGCUGCUGCCUCCUGAUCAAGAAAGUCUUAAAAGGCUAGCUUGGAUUGAGGAACUUCGUAAAAUUGAAAAGAUUUUAGCAACACAUGAUCUGUUUGAGCCAUGGUUGUCUAUGACAAAAGAUGGAUUGGAUGAAGACAUGGGAACGCAAAUCAAACUACCUCACGAUUACGCGAGACUCACCGGAGAUGAAUACUUGGAGGAAAGCGGGUUCGCUCAACUGCCAAUUGAUACCCAAGUAGCAGUACUUGGAACAGUCUGCAUGUUAUAUGUAGAUAGAAGUUCAGCGCAUUACAGACAGGGGUUCGCCACUACGUUCUAUCAGUUUGAUCUGCAAGAAAGGCUUUGUGAGCAAGAAAUAGUUAAGCUCAAGCAAAAAUACAACGCAAGCUUCAACGCAACAAUGGAGUUGAAAGAGAAAGAAAUGGACAAUAUACGAGAAAAACAUGCUCGGCUUAGACACAUUAUAUCAGAAUACAACUAUUUUUCUAAAGAUAAAAUUUAUUUGGAUAUCGUGGACCCACAAUGGAGUCAGCAUGAGAAGCCUUGGCAGAUUAUGCAGGUUCUAGACGAGGAGUUGACUAUCACUCCUUACAUUAGCCCUUCUGAGCAAGCUAUUUUGGACACAAAAGCCGCUGAGGAUGAACGCAUUCGCUUAGCCAUGUUAGCGGACGAUUUCAGAGAAAGAGCACUUAUGAAGAUGAUGAAUGGGGUACUGGAGGUGAAAUGGGAGGAUGAACUGAAGAAAGACGUGCCCAAACCUAAAUGUAUGCUCGAAAAAGAUCCAGCGAAGUUCACAGAAGAAGAUUUACGCGCAGUUAAAGAUUACGAAGAAAAAGUCGCAUUUCUUAAAAGCGAAAGAGAAAGAUACAAGAAUAUACUGGAUGGUGAAUUCUCAAAAACAGCCGUCUCUGUAAGGGACAGUAUACGAAAAUUCAAUCAGAAGGUCAAAGAAACUGUAGAAUACAAAAUGGUAAUUGAUUCAGGAAUGAAUCACGAAUCUUUGAGAGUGAAUAGAUCCAGAGAUAAUGAGGAUUGUAGGAUAAGCAUAUAUGCAAAAGAAGCGGAAUGUGUGAAAACAAUAAAGGAUACAGAAGCAAUCAUGGACAGAGUUAAGGAAAGUAUUUCGGAUCUGAGUAAAGAAAUGGAUGAGUGCCGCGUUAACCUGGAAACGCUAGCGGCCAAAGAAAAAAUUUUGGAUAAGGCAUUCAAAAGAGACAUACAAGAGAUGUCACCCAUUGUACAGGAAUUUGCUAUCAAAUUGUACAAGAGGAGACCAAAACCUUUAUAUCGCUCAGCAAAUACAGGUGCGGUACUUUAUGAAUUGGCCAGAUGCAUUGUCAGUCAAGAGCGGUCUCUAUGCCUGCCUCCGGAAUGCACAGAUUUUCUCAGCGCGUUAGAUGAAAUGGACGAGUUUGCAGGUUUGCCCCCCACUAUUGAUGAGGCUACUUGGGGCAUCAUUUGUAAGCACAGGAGGUUAAGAAUUGACUAUGAAGUCAAGCUGCGGGCUGCCCAAAUGCAUAUGUCAGAUGGAGAAGCUACUUUAGCGACGUUACAAAGACGUGUUCAAUUCAAGAAAGAAAAGAUAGCCAGGGUGAAUGUUGAUAUAGCAAAAUUGAGGGCCGAAUAUCUCAAUAACAUGCAUAAUACCCAAAUGCAGAUUGUUUUAAGAAGAGGUCUGGUGGAAGUACCACUUACAGGGAGUAUAGAUGACUUUAACGAUGCCAUUUUUGUACCCAGGAAGGAAAUCGAAGAGAUAAACGCUAAAAUUCGGGAGGCAGGAAGUAAGAAACUGCAAACAAUCAUGCAAAAUAUGGCGUUCCGUAGAACCAUUAUGGCUACAGAAUGGGAACAUCAAAAGGAAAGAAUGGAAAUUAAUGAUUUGAUCGAGCAAAUAAAUGAUAUAAAGGGUGUUAAGUUCACCCGUGAGAUGCAGCAAUACGUAAAAGCGAAAGCGCGAGGGAUGAAAACCGAGGCCGACUCCUUCGAGCAAGAAAUGGAGGCUCUAACAGCCACGUACGAGAGCACGCUCAAAGACAAGCGAGACAAGCAUUCGAAGCUGGUCAGGCAGAUCAGUGCCUACAAGGAGCAUAACGCCUCUUUAGAUCAAGCGAUUCAGAAUAUUAAUAUUGAUGUAUGCUAUUUGAAGAUUCAUCAAGAUCAUGAGUUGGAAUCUAAGGAGAGAGACAUGGUUGGCACUAGAAUGAAUGCAUUGCUCCGUAGAAGCAGCCUAAUCCAGCAGAUUCAAGAAAAUCAUCAAGAAAUACUGGUCCUACAGACAGAAUUGGAAUUGUUGAGGCUGAAAACGUACCCUACAUUUGAAUACAAAGUUAUCAAUACAGAUUAAGCUUUGUGUUUAACACAAUUAUUUAUUUGAAUAUAUUGUAUGUUAAUAACAAAUUGUAAAAACGUUUCCUCAAGCCUUCUUCAUCAUAAUCAUAGGCUCAAACUAGUAAACGCCAAAUUUUAGUGAAAUAUUUUAUUUUAAUAAAAAUAAAAAAUCAA